AUGAAACCUCUCCCCUCACCGCAGGCCCUACGGCUUCUGCAAGGCCUGAUCCGACGCCCAUGCCUCGCGACGAGACCUCGACCAUGUCCCCCCUUCCUUCAUCUGAGCAAGCAUUUCCAUGCGGCCGCCCGGCUAGACAGGACGGAAACCCACGUACUGUCAGACAUUGGCGAAGGGGUCAAAGAAGUCCAGAUCAUCCAGUGGUUCGUGGAGGAGGGAGCACCCAUCGAAGAGUGGAGUCCUCUGUGUGAAGUCCAGAGCGACAAGGCGUCGGUUGAGAUCACGUCCAAGUACAGCGGCGUCAUCAAGAAGAUACACUUCGGGCAAGACGCCGUUGUUCAGGUGGGAGACUCCAUGGUCGACAUCGAGGUGGAAGGCGAGGAAGGAGAAGGAGAAGUGGAGGACAAUGCAGUGCAGCAGCAGCAGCAGAACAGUUCCGACCUUGCCGAUGCCGAGCAACUGGCCGAGGGCGGCGGAGAAGCUGUUCGGGAAGAGGCCGAGUUGCUGGAAGAGAAGGCUGCUCCGGGGUUGCGAUCCGAGCCGUCAGGGAAACAUGCCUCGCUCGCAACACCAGCGGUGAGAGGUCUGCUGAAAGAACACGGCCUGGCCAUCGAGGACAUACCAGGAACGGGCAAAGAUGGCCGUGUGCUCAAGGAGGAUGUCCACCGAUAUCUCGAGAAAGGCUCUGGGCAGCCUUCACCUUCGCCUUCGUCCGCCCCUCCGGCCGCGACCAGGCCAGAGGUUGACGCGAAACAGACCGAGACGCCACAGAAACUGACGCCAGUGCAAGCCGCCAUGUUCAAGAGCAUGACGGCGUCGCUCAACAUCCCGCAUUUUCUGUACUCCGACACGGCCGACAUCACCAAUCUCGCUCUGAUGCGAGCCAAGUUGAAUGCCGCCCGCAACCCGGAAACGGCGCCCAAAUACACAUACCUGCCCUUCAUCAUCAAGGCGGUCUCACUGGCCCUGAACAAAUACCCGCUACUCAACGCGCGCUUGGAUGUGACCACCGACCCGAAAAAGCCCCAGCUACUGAUGCGGCCGGUCCACAACAUCGGCAUAGCAAUGGACACUCCGAACGGCCUGAUUGUGCCGGUCAUCAAGGCUGUCAAUGCACGCUCCAUCACCUCCAUCAGCCAGGAGAUCCAGCGGCUUUCGCAGCUCGGCCAAGCCGGCAAACUGGGCAACAACGACCUCACCGGAGGAACCAUCACCGUCACCAACAUCGGAAACAUCGGCGGCGAGGUCGUCGCCCCGGUCAUUGUCGAGGGCCAGCUGGCAAUCGUGGGCGUCGGCAAAGUCAAGACCGUUCCUGUCUUCGCCGACGACGGCCUGACCGUCAAGCCUGCGCAAGUGGCCAACAUCAGUUGGAGCGCUGAUCACAGAGUCGUUGACGGCGCCACCAUGGCCAGGAUGGCCCAAGUCGUCCAGAAAUAUCUCGAAGAACCCAGCUCAAUGCUGGUCGACAUGUCUUGA